AUGAAAUCAAUGCUUCAUAUUCUUCAGAAGCGAGGUUCAAUUAUGUUGAUUGAGCCGUAAAAAAUUUAUCAUUACUAUUAGCAUCAAUGAUGGAAUGGAUAAAGUUUAGGAAAAACAUCAGGUUGUAUAAAAUUAUGUUGAGUAAGUGAAUCCGAAAACUGCAUUUGCUGUUGGAAAAGAGGUACAAGUAAUAAGGAAAUAAUUAGGAAGAAAGAUUAAAUUAAAGAUAUUUUCACUUAAUGAAUCAACUAGAGAGAUUAAAAUAUUAAAUAAUAAAGUUAGAAGAGAAGAAGAAAUCAUAAGAAGAGUAAUUGUAUUAAAUGCUAUUGUUAGUCUUGAGAAUCAUCCUUCUGUUAAAGAAGUUGUAGCAGAAUUGCACAAGAUUUCAAAAUAUGAAAAGGCUCUUAGUGAGAACCAUAGUAAAAUAGUUGAUGAGAUAAAAUUAAAUAAAAUGACAAUAAACUAAUUGAAAUAGACUGUAUACUAAAAAAGGAUAGAAAUAAGAGAUAUAGUAAGAGAUUCUUUUAGAAUUCAAGAAGAUAUGAUUAAAAUCAAACAAGAAAAAAGAACAGUUUCCAGUAUAUAUUGUAAAUAAUAAGUUGACAGAAAUAGUGUUGAUAUGUUUCUAACAAUGCCAGAAACUUCCAUUCCAAAACCAUAAACUUUACCUUCUCUUCCAUUAAAGUAGAAAUCUAAAAGUACUUUGCUUCACAUUAUGAAAAAUGUUUAGUCAGAAAAUCAGUAAGAAGUAUAAAUUUAAAAAAAUUAUUGAAUAGAAAAUUAAUGACAUUGUGUACAUUUAUCGUCAAGUCUAAGAAUUAAGAUCAAGAACACAGCAAUCUACUCGUUUUAUUUAGAAAGUGACAAAUAGAUAUUGCUAGAUCAGAAGCUUAUUAUCAGAAUGUGCUAACUUAUCUAUAUAAAGUUUCAAGAACAAAUAAAAAAUCACAAAUAAAAAUGGCUAUGCUAACUCUAUAUAUUUUGAUGUUAGUACUCUCAAUAAUAGUAAAAAUGAAAGCAGUAUCAUAAAAGAGAGAAAAAUUCAAAACAUUUUAUAUGAUACUUUAUAACAAAUAAUGAUCGAUUUGAUCGAUUCUUAAUAGAAGACUGAUUUAAAUGGGUCAUCUAUAGCAGAUUCGAUGUAUUUAUUCUUUAUAUGUUUAGAAUUCGUAACUCUGUAAGCUAAGAGCAGUUUAUGCAAUUCAAUUCAAUUUAAAUUCUAGGAUUGCUAGCAUUAUAACCUCGUUUAUUAACAGAAUUAUUGGGAAUCUUUGAUUUAAAGCAAAAAUAAGUUGGAUUAUUGUGCAAUAGAUCUAGACAAUUAUAAAAAUAAUUAGAUAUUCCAUGA